AUGGUAGUGGCAGUGCCCCUUCUGAACGUUAGAGAAAGCCAUGGUCUGCAUCUGAGGCCCCCCCCCCCCCCCCCCCCCCCCCCCCCCCCAAUUACCGCCCUCACGCACGGGCCCGGGUUCAGCGGCAGUCUCCGCGUGCACGUGCGAAAGUUUCUGCAGAUCCUGGACUCACCUCCAUCGCCCUCAGCUCCAGUCCCUCAGACUCUCACAUUACGGUUUGGGUUUCAUCAGAGAAACUGGAACAUCUACGAGGCUGGGUCUGGGUCUGGACCAGAGAGGACCAGCCUCACUCAGCCCAUCUCCUCUCCUGACCAGUGGACAUGUGACAUCACCUCUCCUGACCAGUGGACAUGUGACAUCACCUCUCCUGACCAGUGGACAUGUGACAUCUCCUCUCCUGACCAGUGGACAUGUGACAUCACCUCUCCUGACCAGUGGACAUGUGACAUCACCUCUCCUGACCAGUGGACAUGUGACAUCACCUCUCCUGACCAGUGGACAUGUGACAUCACCUCUCCUGACCAGUGGACAUGUGACAUCACCUCUCCUGACCAGUGGACAUGUGACAUCACCUCUCCUGACCAGUGGACAUGUGACAUCACCUCUCCUGACCAGUGGACAUGUGACAUCAUCUCUCCUGACCAGUGGACAUGUGACAUCACCUCUCCUGACCAGUGGACAUGUGACAUCACCUCUCCUGACCAGUGGACAUGUGACAUCUCCUCUCCUGACCAGUGGACAUGUGACAUCUCCUCUCCUGACCAGUGGACAUGUGACAUCACCUCUCCUGACCAGUGGACAUGUGACAUCUCCUCUCCUGACCAGUGGACAUUGGACAUGUGA